CCGCCCCUCUCGGCUUCUCUCUCUUUGGCGAAAGCGGGCCGACUUCUUCCUCUCCCAGGCGCGUGCUCGUGAAUGGGGUCUCCCACCCAGCGGCUUUGCUGCUGUAGCCGCCUGCCGCCGCCAUUUUGUUGCUCUCGCCUUACUAGCCGCCUGGGCUCCUCUACAGCGACCGUCGGGUUUCGCCGAGCUAUGGAGUGGCCUAAACCAGGGGCAGGUCGCCGCUUCCUUAGCAAUCCCGCAAGCGACACAGGCCGAAAGAAGCGGCCGGGCUGCCUGGGACAGAGGCGCUGAGGUAAGAACCCAGCCCGGCUGCCAUGGAGCCGAGAAGCCAGCGAGAGCAGGCGAGCCCUCGCCUCGUCGCCGGCCCAGCCGAAGGAGCCCCGUUCUCGUGGCUGCGGCUCCUCUCGCAGCUGCUGCAGCGCCUGCUGCCCAGCCCGGCCACCCCGCUCCUCUUGCUUCCGUCCGAGGCUCACGCGGCCGACCCGCAGCCCUCCCUGUCGGUGUGGGGGGCCGCCGGGCUCGCUCCGUUGCUUGCCGUCCAGCACCACUUGGGCCUGGUCUCUUCCUCCUACGUGCUGGGCGGCGCCGACGAGAGCUCGCUGCCGAGGCCCCUCAGUGCCUGGGAGGAAGAGCUGCCUGACCCCCGGCACCUGCGCUCCAAGCUGCCUGGGAUCCUGCAGCAGGUACAUCUGCGGGGAAGCAAGGCCAGCCUUGACGGGCCGGAUCCCGAUUAUGGCUAUCAUAGUCUGGAAGAGGAGCAGCAGCAGCAGCGGGAUUUGGAAGUCCUGAGAAACUCGGCGCGGUCGCCUGCGGAUGAGUGCCCGGAAGUGCAUGAGCGCCGAGACACCGGCGGGCACCCUGCGGGAGGCAAUCCCUGUGCUGGGGAGAGAGCGACCGAGGCCAGAUCCCACCCAGAUGAGGACUCUGAUCUCGAGGAAGACCUAUCUCCUGUGGCAGCCAGACCUGCGUGCACCAACAAGCUGAUAGAUUAUAUCCUCGGGGGCGCCUGUAGCGGAGAGGAGAGUGCGGGAGAGGAGGAGGAGGACUGGGAGGAAGAAGAUGAGGAGGGUGAUGAUGGGUUUGACAGUGAGGGCUCCCUUUCGGAGCCGGAUACCACCGGCCAGGAUGGGGAGAGCAUUCACUUGUGGAACUCUUUCUUUAGCGUCGAUCCUUACAACCCUCAGAACUUCAAAGCUGCUAUUCAAACUGCACGGGAUGCACCCGAAAAGGAACCUCCCGCUGACUCGGAUGAGGCAGAGGCAGGAGAGGAUUCUUCUUCGUGGACUGAAAGUUCUGGCGAGGAGGAUGAAUGGGAGUCCAGUAGCAUAGAUGAGUCAGAAAACUUGAAAUUGUGGAAUUCAUUUUGUAACUUGGAAGAUCCUUAUAACCCUUUCAAUUUCAAGGCACAAUUUCAGACUACAGAAAAGAAAGGGAAAUGUGACCUAAAAGGACCAUCGGGAUUAGGCUUUGGGCCUUCUCAACAUAGUAUCUAUCGUAGUUGUCAGAUGCACCUGAUUGAGAACCCUGACCCUAGGGACAAUGUGAGGUGUGGCAUUAUUUCUAUAAAAAAGAGAACAGAAAAGAAAAAGGUAACCUUCUGUGAAGAAGUUACUGAGUAUUAUGUGAGCAGUGAAGAAGACCGGAAAGGACCCUGGGAGGAACUUGCACGUGAUGGGUGCAGAUUCCAUAAGCGAAUUCAAGAAACUGAAGAUGUGAUUGGAUAUUGCCUAACAAUAGAACACAGGCAGCGAAUAUUUAAUAGACUCCAGGAAAUGUGUUACGAAAGGCUUGAUAUCUUCUAGCACCUUAAUAAACUAUAAACAAAAAGAAUAACACAUUUUGACACAUGUGAACAUCUUAAAAAGAGAUCUCCUUUUUUCUAUUAAAAAUGGCAGCUGCCUCCAAUAAUAUAAAACUGGGAGAUGGAAGCAAUUUUAAUGCUGCAUCACAAUACUCUGCCAACAUAUGUUGCUUGUGUGUGGAUGUAGUGUUGAAAGAAAUUUUGUUGGGUAUAAUCAAGAUUGAUUAGGGCAGAACUGUUCCUGUAUAAAAUGGAGUGUGUCCAUUUUGGCAGAAGCCAGUCCAGAGAUGACUCUUUGCUAUAUAUGUGUAUAAGAGUGUGGAAUUUUGCACUUGUAAAAAGAGAAGAUACUUUGAAAGUAUAUUUUUGGGGUUUGAAACCCAAUGAUGCAGUUCUGAUUUGAAGUUUGCAAAUUGAAGUUUUUUCUCUUGUCACUUUUUUAUUUGAACUUGUGCAUAAUAGAACAUUGAAAUGUUCUAAUUGUUCCAUGCAGCUGCAGUGACUUCAUCUUACUUUUCAUUCUGCUGUCUACCCUUUAAAUACCUAGUCUGUAACACUGUUCCCUCUAACAGGGUUCCCCAGAUGUUUUCCACUACAACUCCCAGCAUCCUCAAAUGCAGUGGCCUUUGGCUUGGGAUUGUGGGAGUUGUAGUCAACAAUAUCUGGGAAUCCCUGUUAGAGGGAACGCUGGUCUGUAAUAUUAAAAAAAAGAGAAAAAGACCAGAACAUAUGUGCUCUGUUGCAUUUUGGUUUUAAAGGACCUAUUGGUUCUGAAUCUUAUGUAAAAGCCUAUUUUCCAUUAGUUUUUCUGUUGCAUUACAUUUGCAAACUGCUGGUCUGUGAUGGUCUAAGUUUACCUACUACCAUGAAAGUAGGAAUGUAGGAAAUUUUCUUCUGGCUCUUUGUGUCAGACUAACGGAAUAUUGUUUGGUAUUCCAAUCUUAAGAAUGGGUUACUGAAAUUCUACAGCAGUUCUACUUGUUCUUUUAAAAUAACUUAUAAAGCACCUAUAGUUAGCCAGACACUGUGGAAAUAAUGAAACUUGCAGUUAAAUCAGUACUCUCGAACACAUAUGUGCCCACACUUAUGGAAAAUAUAAUUGGUAGUUGCUCAAUACUUGAGUGUGAUAUUGACCAAAAAUCAGUAUUAUUAAUUCUUCAUAUAUUUUAUCCUUAAUGCAUUACUGUGGUGAUUUCUGAAUAUGAAUGUGAUAUGUUUAUUGGUCAGACUACAUACUUUUGAACUAAGGAGUGGGAAGCAUAUUGCUUUGAUUCUAAACAAUUAAUGUAAUUACAGAAUUGAUUUGCAAGCUUUAGUUUCCCUGAGCUGCUUUGCUCAUUGAAUGCUUUAUUUUAUAUCAUGUUUUAUAUUGAAAGGAUAUUAUUGAAACAUGUUGGUACUCUGAGGUGCACUGCUGUAGAAUUUCAUUGAGCUGUAACAAGAAUGCAGUCCUGUGUACACUUACUUGGGAGUAAGUCAUCAUGAACUCAGUGGAACUUGGUUUACAAGUAAGUAUUCAUAAGAUGAGGCUGCAGAAAUUAUUAUAUUGAACACAUCUUUACACUCUGGUAUUGUCUCUUGCUAGUCAUCCGCAGCUUAUUGGGAAGAAAGAAUAUUCUGGCUUGGAGCUUAAAGCCCUAAAAACCUCCAAGACAGAUUAAUUUGACUUCAGGAAAUCUUCAAAUAAUCUUCUACAUGGAUAUUUAAUGGUGCUAAAUAUGGCAAUGAAUGAUGUCUUUCAGUUUCAACUGAGUAGUGCAACAUGGAAGCCUAGUACUUCUAAAACUUUAAAUCAAAACCGUAAUUACCAGAAUUUUAUUUUUAUAUCAUUUUAGGAAGGAAAAGUUAGAGCUUGACAACCUUAUAAAUUCAAUUUAUACAGAUUUAAAUAGAUUUGAUUGGAUCUCAUUGAGUUUUUAUAUUUAAAGGUAUAUUUCUGUAUAUAACAGCUAUUUAAAACUAAUCUGUAAGAUGUAAUAAAGAAACUUUGCAAGUUAA